GAUGACUCCCAAGGGAUGAAAACGGCAGAUUUGAGGGGAUCUCCUUUCUACUUCCCCAUUCUCUUGCUGGGAGUUCUCCUCUCCAUCCUGCCACAAGUGGAAGGAGGAAAGAAAAAGCAGGGGAGCAAGAGAGAGUGACACGUGGUUUGGAGAGUCUUGGGGAGUACCAUUGCUAAACCGUGACAGGGAGGGGAGAAUUUUCUAAUGCAAAAGAUAAUUCUUGAACCAUGGAGGUGCUGCAGUGUGAUGGCUGUGAUUUCCAAGCUCCAUCCUAUGAAGACCUAAAAGCUCACAUUCAGGAUGUUCAUACUGCUUUUCUGCAGCCAACAGAUGUCUCUGAGGAAAACCCUAGCCAGCUGAGGUCUGGCUCCAUGAAUGCUAGCAACCAGACUGAGAUGGAAUUUUCUUUUGUAAAGGAUGAAUUUACAACUGCAGAUGAAAUAGCAGGGCAAAAUACAACAACUCAGAUGGCAACUGGAAGUUGUUAUAGUCAGAACCAAAGGUUUUAUGAUCAGCAUAUGGCUCCAAAUCCUAAAACAACCAAGUUUUUCCAGUGCAAAUUCUGUGUGCGUUACUUCCGAUCUAAAAACCUCCUCAUAGAGCACACUCGAAAGGUUCAUGGAGCUCACACUGGGGGGAGCUCAGUAGGGUCACACACUGCUGGAUCCUUAAAUUAUGGCAUCAUGAUGCACGAGGGAUUUGGCAAAGUUUUCUCUUGCCAGUUCUGCACCUACAAAUCCCCAAGGCGCACAAGGAUUAUUAAGCACCAGAAAAUGUAUCACAAAAACAAUGCCAAGGAGAGUUUAACUCCUACUACUGUCUCUGCCAUAUCUGAAUUGACAUCUGCCUCUGUGACAGUGCAGGAACCCUACAAGGAAUUGCCUGAAGAGGUGGUAGAACAGAACAUUUUAGAGUCCAUGGUCAAGCCUCUAACAAAGUCCAGAGGCUACUUUUGCUGUGAAUGGUGCAGUUACCAGACACCUCGAAGAGAGCGCUGGUGUGACCAUAUGAUGAAGAAGCACUGCAGCAUGGUAAAAAUAUUGUCAAGUUUGAGGGAGGAACAGGACAGAACCAGUGUGCCUGAUAUGCAGAGUGACCAGAAUGCCUCCCCAGACUCUACUUAUAUCUCUAUGAAUAUGACAGGAUGUGAUAUGUUGAAUGUUGAGGUCUCAAAUGUCAGAAGCUCUACGAGCAAUUCCCUUAUCAGGCCCAACUCUUCUAUAUCUUCCAAGUUUUCUUCUGUGUCUUAUCAUCAAAUUAAGUCUAAAUUACCUCACAACUUGGACAUUGUUAAUUUGUCUGACAGAUCCCACUGUGGAGUUGCUGACAUGACAAAUUUUGCUGACUUGGAAACAUGCAGUAUGCUAAAUGACUCCAACUCAGAUGAAGAGCUAAAUGAAGUGGACAGUGAGACUGACUUGAAUUCAGUGGACAACCAGACUUCAGGAAUAUCUGCAGAGCAACUGAUGGGAUCUGAUGAGAACAAACUGUUGGAAACGAAAGGGAUUCCCUUUAGAAGAUACAUGAACAGGUUCCAAUGUCCUUUUUGUCCUUUCCUCACAAUGCACCGACGAAGCAUCUCCCGUCACAUUGAGAAUAUCCACCUGUCUGGGAAGACAACUGUAUACAAAUGCAAUGAAUGUCCUUUCACCUGUAAGAGUUCAUUAAAGCUUGGAGCUCAUAGGCAAUGUCACACAGGUACAAUAUCAGACGGGGACACUGUGAAUUCUCAGAGUGAAAACAUUGUCUCCUCUUUGAAUGACAACAUGAUUUCUUAUGAAAGUGGAAAUAUAAAUGGAAGAAAAUCAGCUGGGAUGAUGGAAACAGUGCAACAGCAGCAGUUGCCUCAGCCCCAUUCACAGCAUCCUUAUAAGUGCACAAUGUGUAACUAUUCUACCACUACUUUAAAAGGCCUCAGAGUUCAUCAGCAGCAUAAACACUUAUUUUGUGACAACUUACCAAAAUAUGAUGGACUGCCAUCCAACAUGCCACAAGAGAAUGAGGCAGAUGGUUUCACCUCAGUCAGCACAGUGAAGAAAAGCCAGACCUCAAUUCUUGGUCUCUCCUCUAAAAAUAACAUCGUCCCUGAGGUCACUCAGAAGGUGUCAAAUGACUGCCCUUUGGAUCUCUCACCAGUGAAGAAAAGAACUAGAAUUGAUGAAAUAGCAAGCAACCUGCAGAGCAAAAUAAACCAAAACAAGCAGCAAGAAGAUGCUGUGAUUAAUGCAGAGGAUUAUGAGGAAGAGGAGGAAGACGGGGUGGAGAUAGAAGUGGAAUUAGACAGAGAAGAAGAACAAGCAAAACCAAUGGUGGAGGUUUCUAGUUCUUAUGCACCUCAGCAAAUGUGGGGGAGAGAGACUAAUGAGUCCCAGAAGGAUGCAAACUUCAGAAACAUGCAUCAUAAUUAUAAUUCCACCAAUGGAGCAGAGUUUGAGCUCACUUUAUCUGAAGAUGAGGAAGAUUAUUUUUCUUCUAUUAACAUGAAAAAUCAACAGAGCCCUAAUGCCUCUGUUCUAGGAAACCAGCCAACUACAAAUGACCCUGAUAAGGACAAUGAAAAUGUGGAGAUUAAUGACUCUGGCAGGUAUUACUAUUGUAAACACUGUGACUUUAGCAACAAAUCUGCUAGGAGUAUUAGCACUCACUACCAACGGAUGCAUCCCUACAUAAAAUUCAACUUUAAGUAUAUCUUGGAUCCAAAUGAUCACAGUGCAGUAUACAGAUGUCUUGAAUGUUAUAUUGACUAUACAAACUUUGAAGACCUGCAGCAGCACUAUGGAGAGCAUCACCCUGAAGCUAUGAAUGUAUUGAACUCCGAUCACUCUGAUUUGAUCUACCGUUGUCACUUCUGUUCUUACACUAGCCCAAAUGUUAGAAGCCUGAUGCCACACUACCAAAGAAUGCAUCCAACAGUGAAAAUUAACAAUGCAAUGAUAUUUUCAAGCUAUGUUGUUGAUCAACAAGAAGGGCUAAACUCAGAAACCCAAACACUGAGAGAGAUCUUGAAUUCUACUCCAAAAACUAUGGCAGCCUCCACCCCUGUGGCUCAUGGGACUAUUGUGCCAGCAAGUUUUAACAAAAGUGCUGCAAAGACUUUUAGUCUUGAAUAUGAAAAUCAGAAGGCACCUUCGGUCAGUUCUGUGAUUGUUUAUGACUGUGAUGUGUGCUCAUUUGCAAGCCCUAACAUGCAUUCAGUUCUGGUGCAUUACCAGAAAAAACACCCUGAAGAAAAAGCAUCAUAUUUCAGAAUUCAGAAGACCAUGCAUAUAGCAUCUGUAGACAGGGGCUCUGCCCUGGCUCAAAUGUCUUUUGAGAUGGGAGCGUUUGCUUUUGGACACUUGGAAGAUGCUUCAAACCCUAAGGAGAGGAAAGUAGUAGGCUACAAAUGUAAAUUUUGUGUGGAAGUUCAUCCAACGCUCCGAACCAUCUGUAAUCAUCUCCGUAAGCAUGUCCAGUAUGGUAAUGUUUCUUCUGUGUCACCUACAGUAAAGGGUCUGCGAUCUCAUGAGAGGGGUCAUUUGGCUCUGGCUGUGUUUACCCGGGAAAACAAGUACAGCUGCCAGUAUUGCUCCUUUGUCUCUGCUUUCAGGCACAAUCUGGAUCACCAUAUGCAGACUCAUCAUGGACACCAUAAGCCAUUCCGUUGCAAGCUCUGUCCAUUCAAGUCCUCUUACAAUAGCCACUUGAAAUCCCAUAUACUCAAAGCUCAUGCUGGUGAACAUGCCUACAAAUGUUCUUCCUGCACAUUUUCCACCAUGACAAUCAGCCAGCUAAAAGAGCAUUCCUUGAGAGUGCAUGGGAAAGCACUGAUACUACCAAGACCCCGUGUUGUCAACCUCUCAGCCUCACUUGGCUACUGCACCUCCCAGAAACACACUUCUGCUGAAGAGGUAGAGGACUCUAAUGACUCUUCAUACUCAGAACCUCCUGAUGUUCAGCAACAGUUGAACCAUUACCAGUCUGCAGCUCUGGCCAGGAACAAUAACAUCAGUCGACUGCCACCUUCUAGGAGUGCUGCAGGAGUGGAAAAAACCGAAGCUAUCCUUAACUGUGAAUUUUGUGAAUUCUCCUCGGGUUACAUACAGAGCAUUCGACGUCAUUACUGUGACAAGCACGGAGGGAAGAAACUCUUCAAGUGCAAAGACUGUUCCUUUUAUACAGGCUUUAAAUCUGCUUUUACUAUGCAUGUGGAAGCUGGACAUUCGGCAGUUCCCAUGGAAGGACCCAAAGACCUUCAUUGUCCUCUUUGCCUAUAUCACACCAAAUACAAACGUAAUAUGAUUGAUCAUAUAGUUCUGCACAAAGAAGAGCGGGUUGUUCCCAUUGAAGUUUGCCAUUCCAAACUGUCAAAAUACUUGCAGGGAGUUGUUUUCCGCUGUGAUAAGUGCACCUUUACCUGCUCCAGUGAUGAGAGUUUGCAGCAACACAUAGAGAAGCACAAUGAACUUAAACCUUACAAAUGUCAACUCUGCUACUAUGAGACCAAAUACACAGAGGAGCUGGACACUCAUCUUCAAGAUGAGCACAAGGUGAGUCGUAAUUUUGAGCUGGUUGGAUGGGUUAACUUGGAUCAGCUUGAACAAAUAAAGGGAAAAACAGAGAACUCCAGCAGUGAUGAGGAAGAAAACAAGUCAAGCCACAAGACUGAAGAGAGAGAGUCCAUGAUGUAUGCUGACAGUGGAGCUCUAGAGAAGCGUUUUCCAUGUGAGUUCUGUGGCCGAUCGUUUACAGAGGGCUCUGAGUGGGAACGACAUGUGCUGAGGCAUGGCAUGGCUCUGUAUGAAAGUAAGCAAGGGACCAGAGAGGACAGCAAACUGAAGGAGAACACAGAAAAGACUGUUAAUACGCUGACAGUAGAAGAAAAGGAAAACACUGAGAAAAUGGUGGACUUGUCCCACAACAAUGAAACUACAGUCUGUGGUGUAGCUGCUGACAAACUUCUCCAAGAGACCUCAGAGGCCAAAAAUGAAUAA